AUGGAGCUUCGUGAGAUGAAUGUCGCGACGGACGCGGAAGAAACAGCGGAGCUCCUGCCGGCAUUUCAACGCGACGAGGAAAUCGAAAGUUAUUUUAUUGAGUACGCAAUUCAAAAAGAAACCAUUAAUCGAAACCGAUCCAGUUCGAGUCGUCGACUACUUAGUCAGGCCGCUCACCUGACUGAUCAUAGUUCUUCCAACAGCAAUCAAAAGGAGGAUCCGUGUGCGGGAAUUAGUUUUAUUCAAGUUGCCGGGCCAAAUUGGCCCCCUUCUAGGAAACGAGAAGAAGCUCAGGCUCUCGAAAAUUUGAGAAAAAGAGUGGAACAAUCCAAAUUGUGUAAAGUUAAUCCAGUGACGGAUCCUGGAGGAUCGGCUUCGACGUCAGUUGCGUUGAAUACCGAGCAGCUUCAUGACCUUGACAAUCGACCGAAACUUUGGAAGAAAAUUUUGAGUAACAGGCCAAUGAGUAUAUCGUACGACAGUAGCGAUCUGGAAACGAAUUGGCGAGAUAGCGAAUUUAUAACAGAAUGUUUGUGUUGGCAUAAUGUUUAUCGACAACGGCAUAACGCCCCACCACUAACGAUGUCACCACAGCUAUGUGAAUAUGCUCAAACGUGGGCAAAUCAUCUGGCGCACACGAACACAUUUUAUUACCGUAACGACCGGGAAGUUGGACAAAAUUUGUAUUGUAAACCAGGUGGAAUUGUGCCUUGUGAUGUUACAGGACAGGAAGUUGCUGCUUAUUGGUAUUCUGCUGUCAAGCAAUAUGAAUUCUUAACUGAACCGGAUAUUUUGCAUGCAAACGUAAAUGCAGGUCAUUUCACGCAACUGAUCUGGGCCAGCAGCCGACUCUUUGGUGUCGGAAAGGCAAGGAGUAGGAGUGGCAAAAUAAUUGUGGUGGCCAACUAUCAACCAGUCGGCAACAUGUCCGGACAUCUUCAGAGAAAUGUUCUACCCCCGUUACCAGAAAGUGCCAAUUUACCUCUACCCCCGCCAUCCAGAAUUCGCCAAAGUGACACCCCCGUGUCCGAAAUGUCCACAAGCAGCAACAGCUCUGUCAGUACGCAAUAAUACCGUCGGCCUAACUGCCUUUUCUGCGUCUGCACGAGACGGGACGAGCGAGGAUGAAUUUAAUGAACCAUCUCACGGUAAUGCGAUUCAUCCAAAACUUGCAUGAAAUUGAAAAUAAAUCCUCAAAAAAUAAGCAAAAUGAAACUGAAGGUGAUAAAGAGAGUUCUAUCAUUAAUCAUAAAAAGGCGAAAAGAGAACAAAUUAAAAAAAUUAAG